AUGAUGCUAUGGCCUCCCGUAAUCUGGUCUGCUCGAUGUCAGCUCCUGCCUUCUCUAUCCAGAUUUACAUCUCGCUUCUAUCAAACAGGAGCUGAGUAUCAUACAGAUUCCUCUAAAUCAAUGUUUGGUUCUCAAGAACACAUAGAACCUGGUCCGUCGAAGCCCAGUACCUGGUGGAUGCAUCUUCCGAGAUCCGGCCGCAAGGUGCUGCGCAUGUAUCCUGUCAGAGCGAGGCAUCGGUGGAGAAUUGUUCUUGUCAGGGAAGGCUGUAGAAAUAGGAUCUUUUUCACCAUCCAGGUGAAAUCAAAUUUGGCUGAGUGCAAGACGCAUGGCGUAGAGCAGCUUGGCUCAUGGGAUCCAUAUCCAAACCGGGACUAUGGCGAACAAUUAAUUGGGCUUAAUGUAGAUCGUUUGAUUCACUGGUUAGGUAAAGGUGCUGAGCCAUCGAUGAAAGUGGCAGAACUCCUCGGUUUAAUGGGCCUUUACCCGAUUCAUCCACGCUCUUACCUGGCUGCACAUCGGACUCGAGUGGCUAUAGAAAAGCGGCAGGUGAAAACAUUUCCAGCUGGGCAACCUAGCGAGUCUUCAAAGGAAAGCGAUAUGAUGCCU